CUCAGCGGCUAAUAGCGGGAGUCCCCAAGCGGAUGCUGCUCGCGUUAAGUUCUUGCGGCUGCCUGCAGGCUGCGAGAUGCUGAGCUGCGGCGGCGGCUCCCAGAAAGUGCUCGGGGGCCCCGUUUCGGUGCUUGCGCGGGCGUGACUUAAGAGAACGACCUGCCGUCUCCUGAUGGACACGGAGUCCCGGGCACAGCUUGGGGCUGCUGCUAUUGCAUCUCGGGGGAAGGGUCGCGUAGACGCUGAGCCGCAGAGGGACCGACCUCUCCUGCCCUCGUUUUGCCGGAAUGCUGCGCAGGCUGUCCACUCCAGGUCGUCUCGGUGGGCAGGGGGCUUGAGCAGAAGAGGCGGCUUUUAGGCUUUUGUUUUUCAUCCUUCGUUUCAUUUGGGGAGCCGGGGGUGUGUGGUGGAGGCGACAAAAGCCCUUAAAUGGCCAGCCCGCGCAGGAGCAUUGAGCUGGAGCAUUUCGAGGAGCGAGACAAAAGGCAGCAGCGCUCGAGCUCCCGCCGGGGAGGGGGCAGCUCCACUUGCAGCAGCAGCUCCGGGCCCAAAGGCAACGGGCUCAUCCCCAGCCCCGCGCACAGCGCCCACUGCAGCUUCUACCGCACGCGCACCCUCCAGGCCCUCAGCUCGGAGAAGAAAGCCAAAAAGGCGCGCUUCUACCGCAACGGGGAUAAGUACUUCAAGGGCUCGGUGUAUCCGAUUGCCAGCGACCGCUUCCGCUCCUUCGAUGCCCUCCUCGUCGAGCUCACGAGGUCUCUGUCCGACAACGUCAACCUGCCCCAGGGCGUCCGGGCCAUCUAUACUAUCGAUGGCAGCCGAAAGGUCUCCAGCCUCGACGAGCUGGUGGACGGUGAAAGUUAUGUAUGCGCUUCCAAUGAGCCAUUUCGGAAAGUUGAUUACACUAAGAAUGUUAAUCCAAAUUGGUCUGUCAACAUAAAAUCUGGGUCAUCUCGAUCCCUCACAUCCUUAACAUCUGCAAAAAGUGAAAUAAAGGAGAGCAAAGACUUCAUUAAACCUAAAUUGGUAACUGUUAUACGGAGUGGAGUGAAGCCACGGAAAGCUGUGAGAAUUUUGCUGAAUAAAAAAACUGCUCAUUCCUUUGACCAAGUGUUGACUGAUAUAACAGAAGCGAUUAAGUUAGAUUCAGGAGUCGUCAAGAGAAUUUGCACAUUGGAUGGGAAACAGGUUACCUGCUUGCAAGACUUUUUUGGUGAUGAUGAUGUUUUUAUUGCCUGUGGACCUGAAAAAUACCGUUAUGCUCAAGAUGAUUUUGUACUGGAUCAUAGUGAAUGCCGUGUUAUGAAAUCAUCUUAUUCUCGCGCAUCUGGAACAACGAAGUAUUCUGGAUCUAAAAGUCCUGGACCUUCACGUCGAAGCAAGUCCCCAGCUUCAGUAAAGAGGGGUGGCCACUACUCCAGUACAUGCUCUUCAACAAAAUCCCCAGUCAAUGGAGCCCCCAGCAGCCAGCUUUCUACUCCUAAAUCAACAAAAUCAUCUAGUUCCUCACCAACAAGCCCUGGAAGUUUUCGGGGACUCAAGAUUCUCCCCACUUGUGAAUCUUCUUCCAAUGUGAAUGGUGUGCCUGAAGUAUCUCCUUCCUUGAGUCCUGAAGGCAUAAAUGGAAACAAGUACUCUGAGACAUCAACCAUUCUUGAGAAGUACAAAGUGGGAAAGGUGAUUGGCGAUGGUAAUUUUGCUGUGGUAAAGGAAUGCAUAGAACGAUCCACUGGAAAGGAAUUUGCACUGAAGAUUAUUGACAAAGGAAAAUGUUGUGGAAAGGAACACCUGAUUGAAAAUGAAGUGUCAAUUCUACGCCGAGUGAAACAUCCCAAUAUUAUUAUGCUAGUAGAGGAAAUGGAUACCGCCACUGAGCUGUAUUUGGUGAUGGAGUUGGUCAAGGGAGGAGAUCUUUUUGAUGCUAUUACAUCUUCAACAAAGUACACAGAGCGUGAUGGAAGUGCAAUGGUCUACAAUCUAGCCAGUGCACUGAAAUAUCUUCACAGUCUCAGUAUUGUCCACAGAGACAUCAAACCUGAGAAUCUUCUGGUCUGUGAAUAUCCAGAUGGGACAAAAUCCUUGAAACUAGGAGACUUUGGAUUAGCCACUGUGGUUGAAGGACCUCUUUAUACAGUUUGUGGCACACCAACUUAUGUUGCUCCAGAAAUCAUUGCAGAAACAGGUUAUGGCUUAAAGGUGGACAUUUGGGCUGCAGGUGUCAUUACAUACAUACUGUUAUGUGGGUUUCCACCAUUUCGUAGUGAGAACAACAUUCAAGAAGAUCUUUUUGAUCAGAUCUUGGUUGGAAAACUAGAAUUUCCUUCUCCAUAUUGGGACAACAUCACUGACUCUGCUAAGGAAUUAAUAAGUCUGAUGCUACAAGUAAAUGUGGAAGAACGAUAUACAGCUGCUCAGAUAUUAAACCAUCCUUGGGUAUCAGAUGAUGCCUCUCAAGAAAAUAAUAUGCAAGCUGAAGUAACAGGUAAAUUAAAGCAGCACUUUAACAACACACUUCCCAAACAGAAUAACCCAAAUGCAGGAGUUUCUAUUAUCAUGAACACGGCUCUAGAUAAAGAAAAUCAGAUAUUUUGCAACAAGCGCUGUCAGAACCCUGGUCAAGCUGAUGUGAAGUAAACCACCAAAAUAAAUCGUGCUCAUCAGUCUCCUACAACUGAUCACAAGUUGUCUUCUCUUGCUGCCUCUCAGCUACUCAGACUCUCUACAUACUUUGAAUCAACAUGUCAUGAUCCUGCAGGAGUAAUUUAAGAUAAGUUCUAAUGAAAUCCACAGCUAGGUCAGCUCCUGUUCUCCUACCCUUGCUACAGUACUGUAUUUUUUUCACAUAUGUCUGAAAGGGAUGCAGGUUGUAUAUACAGUAGAUUUUAGUAUUCUGCCUAUUACAUUUGGGGAUUCUUACCUUUUUAAAUGGAUUUGUGUUCAACAUAAUUUCAAACAUACAAAUGAAUUUAUCUUACCAUACCUGGAUGUACAAACUUUAAAUAGGAAUAACUGUUAAGAAGCCUCACCCAGCAAAGUCUAGAUUUUCUAAAAAAAAAAUACUAGACAAAAAAGUAGCAAAACUCAUUCCUUUGAUUAAUUCUAAAAUGCAGUUCUAGAAUGAUCCUGGAGGGUAGCAAGAUUAGUCCCAGUGGCAAUUUGUACAAUAUUGAAAGUCAAGUUGUGGAGGUUUGAGUAAUGAUGUGAAUGGUUGGUGCACUUAGUUUUGACAUUAAACGUUUUGAUUGAUUAUGUGCCAUCAAGUUGCUGUCGACCACAUAUAUAGGGAACAUAAAUUUAAACCUUGUGGAAUUUAACACAGAAUAACUUAGUCAUUGACAAUCAUUUUGCAACCAACCCCAUUUAUGAAUGACUGUAUUUUGAAAAUUGCAAUCAGUGAAGAUUUCUCUGCACAGGUUGUCUCCUGUUUCUCUUUCCCUGUCAUUAAUGACCACAGGUUUUUUUUUUUCCGGAAUAGAAAGCUUGCUGCAUGGUGCAUUAUCUAAAAAAAAGCAAGCUAGUGUAAUAAAUGAACUACUAGUUGCCCACACAGAAGGCUUUCAGCAUUUUUUUUUAAUUAGCCCACUCUUUCAGAAAGACAUCAAAUGUUUGGGGAACUAUAAUGAUAAAAUGUGCAGUGAAGGGUAGAUGCAGUUAUAUAUUAAUGCUUGUUCCAUUAUUGUAUGUUCUCUGCUUGUUUCCUUUUUUCUUUUUAACAAUUCUAAAUCAUUUUCUAUUAGCUCUUUACAUUAGAACUAAGAUCUGCAAUAAACAUUUUUCUUCAAAAGAGUAAGUAGUAAUUUAUUUUGAGAAUUUAUAAAACCAGUCCAAAAUAUGUAGUUACCUUGAUUUCCUUCAGUUCUGGGUGCACAUUAUGUUCUCAAAUUUGACAACAUACUUUUAUUUCAUAGGACCAGACUGAUUUUUCUGAUAUGCUUCAGGCAUGUAUCAUUACAAGAGAAGAAUUUCUACUGAGUCGAUGUAUACAAUUGUCCUGACAUCCAGACAGCUAUUUCCAGACAUUAACUAUUUUGUUUUACACUUCGAUUGUCUUCACCUUAAUAAUAUUUCCUUAUGCGUUUAAAUCACAAUGACUGCUAAGAGAUUUUAUUUAUUUUAGCUAUUAUAGCAUACUUUGCAUAGUCUUAAUUUCCCUGUGGCCACUUUUAGUGUCAAUUAGAGAUAUUAAUCCCCUUCCCUGUUGGUAUUAAAGUUGGUCAGCAAAAGUGCCAGGGAAUAGCCUAUUAACCAAGUCUAGUAUCAGAACAGUUGUUGAGCAUAAUUAAAAAAAAAAAUCUGGAAAUUCCUGUCCCUCAUAAUUGUAUGCAGUAUUUCAGGCUUUCUGUUUGCUUCUAUAAAUAUUAUGCAUAUUCUUCUAGAAUUUUCUAUAAAGAUUAUGCAAAGCUACACAAAGGUUACUUGAGUAAAAGACAA